UCUCUCUCUACAAAUUUCUUUCAAAACUCAAUACCAAUGGACACUAAAACAAAGCAGGAAGAUAUAAGGUUUCGAUCAAAACUUCCCGAUAUAUACAUUCCAAAACAUCUCCCUUUACACUCCUAUUGUUUCGAAAAUAUUUCUAAAUAUAGCACCAAACCCUGCCUCAUCAAUGGCACCUCCGGCGAAGUCUACACCUAUGAAGAAGUCGAACUCACCGCUCGCAAAGUCGCGUCGGGACUCAACAAUCUUGGCAUCCGACAAGGCGACACGAUCAUGCUCUUACUUCCCAAUUCACCUGAAUUUGUGUUCGCGUUCAUCGGCUCGUCGUUUUCUGGCGCCGUGUCAACAAUGGCGAAUCCUUUUUUCACUGCGGCAGAGGUGGUGAAACAAGCCAAGGCGUCGAAAGCUAAACUUAUUAUUACGCAGGCAUGUUAUUUGGAUAAAGUUAGGAAUUAUGCAGAGGAAAAUGCGGUCAAGGUGAUGUGCAUUGACACGCCGGCGCCGGAAGGUUGUUUGCUGUUCUCGGAGUUAACUAAAGCUGAUGAGAAGGAUAUGCUGGCGGUGAAAAUUAACCCGGACGAUGUGGUGGCGCUGCCGUACUCCUCCGGGACGACAGGGUUGCCAAAAGGUGUGAUGCUUACACACAAAGGAUUGGUCACAAGUGUAGCCCAACAAGUCGAUGGAGAGAAUCCAAAUCUAUAUAUACACAGUGAUGAUGUCAUUCUGUGUGUUCUUCCAUUGUUUCACAUUUAUUCACUCAAUUCAGUUCUGCUCUGUGGAUUAAGAGCUGGUGCAGCAAUUCUGAUUAUGCAGAAAUUUGAAAUUCUGCCAUUUUUAGAGCUGAUACAGAAAUAUAAAGUGACGAUUGGUCCCUUUGUGCCGCCGAUUAUUUUAGCCAUUGCUAAAAGUCCGGCGGUGGGUAAAUAUGACCUUUCUUCUGUACGGACAGUGAUGUCAGGGGCGGCGCCGCUAGGGAAGGAGCUUGAAGAUGCCGUCAGAAUGAAAUUUCCAAAUGCCAAACUUGGUCAGGGUUAUGGGAUGACAGAAGCUGGACCAGUGCUUGCCAUGUGCUUGGCAUUUGCUAAAGAACCAUUUGUGAUCAAGUCGGGAGCAUGUGGCACUGUGGUUAGAAAUGCUAAAAUGAAAAUUGUUGAUACAGAAACUGGUGCAUCUCUAGGGAGAAACCAAACUGGAGAAAUUUGUAUAAGAGGAGAUCAAAUCAUGAAAGGUUAUCUGAAUGAUCCUGAGGCCUCAGAAAGAACAAUAGACAAAGAAGGCUGGUUACACACAGGUGAUAUAGGCUUCAUUGAUGCAGAUGAUGAGCUUUUCAUAGUUGACAGGUUGAAAGAGAUAAUAAAAUACAAAGGAUUUCAAGUGGCACCUGCUGAAAUUGAAGCCCUUCUCCACAACCACCCCAAUAUCUCUGAUGCUGCUGUCGUCCCAAUGGAAGAUGAACAAGCAGGAGAAGUUCCAAUUGCUUUUGUAGUGAUAUCAAAUGGUUCCAGCAUCACUGAGGAUGAAAUCAAGCAAUUUAUCUCCAAACAGGUGAUUUUCUACAAGAGAAUAAAUAGGGUAUUCUUCAUUGAUGCCAUUCCCAAGUCUCCAUCAGGCAAAAUAUUAAGAAAGGACUUGAGAGCCAGAUUAGCUGUAGGUGUUCCAAAUUAAUUGGCAUUGAAGGCGGGCUUUAUUAUUUUAGUAUAUUACCCAAUUUGGGAAAUUGGACAAAUGCUUUAAACUUCCAUAAAUAAGGAUUUACAUUUUAAAGACAUCAUUAAAAUUAUUUCCUACGUUGUAGGGAUAUAAUUCAGCAUUUUUUUUUCUCA